AAGGAAGAAAAGGGACUGGGAUUGUUAGAUAAUCUAAGUUGAUCAAUAGGGGAAGGAUUUAUUUGAAGAAGGGUAUAAGGUAGCGAGUAGCGGUGAGGGGAAGCGGUGUGUCGUUCUUUAAGCUCGCGAUCGGAUUUCCUUGAUUACCGUUACAGGGAGUAUCGACGCGAAGAAGUGGCGUGUCCUUUGGAGAAGGAAAGCAGGAAAACUGGGAUCAAUCCUUGACGCGUGACACGGGUCGCGUUAUCCUUCGUCCUCGAGCAGAACGCGCCUCCUGUUGAUUACGAAUGCUAAUGGCAACGGCGGCCGAUCGAUCAUCGACCUCGUUAGCUGGCAAGAUCCUUCGCAGACGAUUAUGCUUGUCCGCUAGAUUCGUUGAAUAGAGAAGAAAGCGUACCUUCUUAUAAUAGUUUAUUAUCAUGUUGUCUAGGAGAAGUGUUUUAUUAUAAAUGUUUUCUACACAGUGAACGAAGACCAGACAGGACUUAAUCGUCGGAUCGGUAACGAUUUCUAGAGUGUCAUCGAUUUCGCGAUUGAGUUCAGUGGUAACUAUCGAAAGGUCGUUCGUGGGUGUUGCUGGCGCAAAGAUAACGGCCUUGAAACUUUUCUACGCGGAUCAGAAGAGCGAGUCGAACACCGUCGAGAUGUUCUAUGCCCGACAGCAUAGUGACUACAGUUAAAAGGUCGUAAUCGAUCGACUCACUUCGAUGGCCUAAAAGAACUUUAAACGUGCAAGGUCGUUAUGCAUAGCGAUAAAACGAGGACGUCGUAAAGUGGAGAGGAAUCGAGGUACGAGGUUGCUUCGACUAGCUGCAACGAAAUAACUUGGAAGGCCUAGAGAAGCCGAGCCCUAUCUACCCGAGAGAACUUGAGAACGUCAGUAACGUCUCAACGGAAAGAGAGGCCUACUCGAGACAGGCCAGAUGACGCGAUAGCGGAACUCGCUGAUCCGCACGAUGUCGUGUCAAGGAUAUUCAAACCAGCACCAACCAACUGGCAUUCACGAAAUGUGCCACACUGACUACGGGAUUUCCCUCGAAUUUUUACAGGGUUUCUAUGAGACUACACAGACCUGCUCGCAUUUAGCGAAGCGACGAUAACGGAGGAUUUCGUAUCAGGUCCAAGUUCCCCUUGAAACCUUAUUAGGAUCAACGGAUCUAUAGGUCGCGCGCAUUCGUCUGCCCCACGUGGUCCUAAAUAGUGUAGGUACCGAUUAAAAGGAUGCCCCCUUUCGUUUAAGAAACGAUACUAGCAUGUGUUCACCGAAUGUCGCAGCCUACUAAAUGAGAUCUUCUAAAGAAAGGGUGAAUCAAUCCCCGUUGAGAAAGCCACUUUUGUUCGACGCAAGAGGAAUCUGGUGGUCGGUCGAGCUCGCGAUCGAGCCCAGCCUCUGACCCCGUGUCACGGCACACAACAAAAGCGGCCUCGCCAGCACUCGAUGAGUCCUAGUGAAGAUAAAGAUCCUCGUCGAGUACUCUCGAUCGUUUGCCUGGAACGGCUGAAGAAGCUCCGGUUGGCAGCUAUCUGAGAGCGGUUGGGUGAUGCGCGGGAGCAGCUCUGAGCUGCUGCUGGAGGCGAGCUGCGUCCAGUGUCAGAGCGAUCACCAGGCCGAACAGCGGAGGAAUCAGCACCAGCAGCAUCAGCUGAACGAGAAACACGACUUAAAGGAGCGAGAGCUACGUCGUCGCAAACUGUUGGAGCUCGGGUUCGGCGCUUCGCGGCGCCGACCGCCACGGCGUACCUGCCGUCAGCGGUUCAACUUUUACGCCACCUCCGCGUUGGCCUUCGUCGCGACGUCCGGCGGCGCGGCGCUCCUCUUCCUAGUCCCGCUUUACGUCGAUCCAGCCAUCAGCACGCUGGCCGCCGAUUUCUCACCGGAUCCUGUCGUUUGCACCACCUCCAGGCGAGAGGAAGUCGCCGGACUGUUCAACUGCACUUGGAGUUCCUGUCGCGAGGGUUGCACCAGUGACGUCUACAGAUGUACGCAUAUAUACGUCACAUACACGCCAUGGAGCAACUCUAGUAUGAACGACACCGGGGGCAACGACAACGACACCGGCGUUCAACAUACCUCGACCACUUCCGUGCCGACGCCAGGCGACGUGGAGGCAGUGCUCCUGGUGAACAUUAAAGGGUGCGGCUAUCCGCCGAUCGUCGACUGCGAAAACUUCACCCGCGAAUUGGGCUACGAGGGUGCGAAAUUUCCCUGCCAUUACAGCCGAGUGAACGGCAGCAUAGUGAUGGCGAACUAUAACCGCGAGGCGCAGGUCACCACUAUCAUACACUUCUUCGCGGCGCCUUUCGUAGUGACUCUCGCGACCAGCGUCGCUCUGUGUGUGAUGCAUUGUGACUGCAGAUGCAGCCCACCUCCACGACAUUCGUCGCGAGGCAUCAAGAGAGCCAGAGGCAACGAUCUCAGCGAUCACUCGAUAAGCAAUCGCGUGGAUCAACGGGGUCAUCCGACGCAUUGCGAGUGCGGCGAGGUGACGAGGCCGUUAUGACGACGCGAGGAAACGGCCGAGAGUGCCCUGGCCACGUCGCAAUCUGACUUCUAGGCCUUGUUCUUUCACUUCCACUCUCCCUGCCCUCGGUCGUUCCAAUUCCAACCCCUUUUCCAUCUAAAAAUCAUCGCACCUUGUACGUUACACCCAACCCUACUCUUCCACUAGCACCCGAAACGCAUGGAUACACGUGUACAAACUGAUACUGCAGCACCGUGCAAGGAGCAGAACAAGUUAACAGGUACAGCACAAGAAAACGAUCCCUCGGAAACGGAGAAAUAUCUAUUUCUCAUAAGUGUUCGAUUGGAAAUAAAUAUUUGUCAUAAUUUUUCAUAUAAUUAUGGUGUAAAUUAAAGAAUACCCUUCUCUUGGAAUUAAUGAAUAUGUUUUGAGACCCUUCGAAAGGAAAGCUAACAUGACAAUAAUGAAGAAGCUUCAGAAACUUCAGAAUACUUGUGAAAAUAAAUGGAAACUUUUAAGAAUUUAUUCACAACUAUUUUAAUGCCUAUCAUUGAAUGAAUUUCUUUAGUUGGCAAAAAAUUUCUUUAUAAUUACAAUUGAGGGAUUGUUUCCUUGUAAACGAAAAAUAAUAAUAAAAUCAACUGGACACAGUGUCCUAAAACUACUAAGUUAGAAAUUAGGUUACGUAAUUGUAAUAUGGCGAUAGUUAAAAUGCAUAACUGCCCGUUUAAGUCCGACGAAAGAAGAGCGAUCGAAAAGUCGAUUGAAAAUCAUCUUAAGAUUUAUUUUUUAUUAGCUCGUAAGAGGUUGUUACAGGGCUAUGGUCGAUCUAACUCGAAGCACCAUUUUUCACGAAAAGCUUCCUUCUCCUAUGAGCUUUCUUUCAUAGUGAUAGAUGAUUGAAAUAAACGCCGAGAUUAUACAAAAUA